UUUUGUUUCAUUGAUCAUUAUGACAUUCUCAUGGCUCUUGUUAAGUGUGUGUCUUUUAUCUCACCUUGUUGUUGGUGUAAAAGACGAGUUUCCGAUAGGUGCUAUUUUUACCGAAGACACUGUAGAACUGGAAACUGCUUUUAAAUACGCUGUAUAUCUCCACAAUAACAAUGCUACACACGCUCGUUUCAGGAUAAAACCACGUGUUGAUGUUGUCAAGAACGAUGACCCCUUUGAGAUUUCCCAGAAACUUUGCCAGCAGAUAGAGCAAGGCAUUUCUACACUAAUAGCGCCAACACGAGAGUCCAUCUACGACACCUUCGCUUCUUACACCAACACUUUCCACAUGCCUUUUGUAAGUCCUGCAUUCCCUCAGUUGUCUACUGAAAGACCAAGUCGUUUUGGUGUUAGUAUGAGACCAAAUUACAUUCGAGCCAUCGUCGAUGUUAUCAGACAUUACAAAUGGAAACAUAUCAUUUAUUUGUAUGAUUCAGAUGAUGGGUUACUUCGGCUCCAAAAUAUCAUUCAGUUGACAACAGGGAACUAUAAAAUGCGACUCAGCGUGGUGAAGAGAUUCACCAACGUUUCCGACGCUAAUGAUUUCCUCCAUUCUGUGGAGGCACAUGACCGAGAUAGUGUGAAGCACGUGCUGCUGGACUGUACUUCAGAAGUGGCAACCAAUAUUGUCAUAAAUCACCUAAGGGAUAUCUAUAUGGGGAGAAGAAAUUACCAUUUUCUGCUUUCAAGUUUGAUCGUCGAUGAAUACUGGAAUUCUAGAGUUCUGGAGUUUGGUGCAAUGAAUGUGACAGGCCUGAGGCUCUUAAAACCAAACAGUCCUUCCUUUAGAAAAUUAAUGGCAUCAUGGCAAUUUCUAGACCCUAUUAUCUGGCCAGGGGCUGGAUUAAAGAAUAUUGGGUCAGACGCAGCUUUGAUCUAUGAUGGAGUAAAUGUGAUCUUGAGUGCUUUAUCCAAAAUCAUCCGUGGCCCAUCACCAGUGGACUUCUAUAUUGGCGUUUAUAAGAACGGAAGUAAGGGGACUGUCUGUGACACUUCUUACAUUAGAGCCUGGGAUUACGGAUAUAAACUGACAUCUCAGUUGAAAAAGACAAGGUUAUCGGGAUUAACAGGAAACAUCGUCUUCGAUGGAAAUGGUUAUAGAAAGAACUUUACGAUCGACGUUGUAGAAAUGACAUUUAACAGUGAGAUGGUUAAGAUUGCCGAGUGGACAGACAGUCGAGGACUGGAACUUGUCUCGCCCGUUUACAAAAGGGUGAAACAAGAUAGAGGAUUUGAGAAUAAAACCUACAUUGUGACAAGUAUACUGGAAGAACCAUAUCUAAUGUACAAAAAACCUGAUCCUGGCGAAGUGCUGGAAGGAAAUUCCAUGUUCGAAGGUUACUGUAAAGACCUGGCAGAACUUAUUGCCAAUAAACUUAAUCUUGACUACGUCCUGAAGUUAGUUAAUGACUCUAAAUAUGGCGGGCAAGAUCCUAACUCACCAGCUGGUUGGAACGGAAUGGUUGGAGAACUUAUUCGCAAGGAGGCGGACAUGGCCAUCGCGCCAUUGACUAUCAGUGAGGUCAGGGAAAGGGUCAUAGAUUUUACCAAACCGUACAUGUCACUGGGAAUUAGCAUCAUGAUCAAGAAACCGAUGAAAAAGAAACCCGGAGUGUUUUCCUUCAUGAACCCUUUAUCUAAAGAGAUUUGGAUGUGUAUCAUCUUCGCCUACGUGGGCGUGUCUGUGGUCUUGUUCCUAGUUAGUCGAUUUUCUCCGCACGAAUGGAGAGUGGAGGAUACCUUCUUAGGACCAACCAUGUCUAAUGAUUUCUCGCUCAUCAACAGUUUGUGGUUUUCAUUAGGAGCUUUUAUGCAGCAAGGCUGUGAUGUCUGUCCAAGAUCUGUUGCUGGCAGGAUUGUAGGCAGCGUUUGGUGGUUUUUUACUCUCAUAAUCAUAUCCUCCUACACAGCCAACUUAGCAGCCUUCCUUACUGUAGAGAGAAUGGUGACUCCUAUCAACUCAGCAGAUGAUUUAGCUAAACAAACAGAGGUUGAAUACGGCACCUUAAUGUAUUCUUCAACUCAAGAAUUCUUUAGGAAAUCUAAAAUUGCCACCUACGCUCGGAUGUGGGAGUUUAUGAACUCCAGAAAACACGUGUUCACGUCUUCAUAUGACGAAGGGAUAAAGAGAGUGCGAGAGUCUAAAGGGAAAUACGCUUUUCUUUUGGAAUCCACCACCAAUGAUUAUAUAAAUGAGCGACUGCCCUGUGAUACAAUGAAAGUAGGGAGAAACCUUGAUGCUAAAGGAUUUGGAGUAGCCACCCCACUGGGAUCAAAACUGAGGGACCGCUUGAACUUAGCGGUAUUGUCGCUAAUAGAAAAUGGGGAUCUAGCUCGAUUAAAGAAUAAAUGGUGGUACGAUAGAAGUGAAUGUAACACAGGCGGAAGCGGGGAUUCAUCUCAAAACGAGUUGACUUUAGGUAACGUUGCCGGAUGUUUCUACAUUCUUAUUGGGGGACUUAUAUUAGCAGUCAUUGUGGCCCUCUUAGACUUCUGCUAUAACUCAAAAGUUGAAGCGACAAGAGCUAAAAUAAGCAUGAUAGAAGCAAUGAAGUCCAAAGCAAAGAACUCUAUCAAUGGAACCCACCCCACUAACAAUGGACGGGUACGGCACGGCUCUCUUUAACAUUCGGCUAUACACCCCAGCUUCAGACCAGAUGAGAUCAACAAGUGCCCAUUCUGGUUCACUUAAUCUUAAUACACACACCCAAGUAUAAACCUGCAGGUCACAUCUAAUCCAAAGAAAACAUCGACAGGGACUCAUUUCUUGACGAUAGCUGACUGCAUUCAAUGAAACGAAACUUUUUGAUACAGAUUGAGCAAGUCUUAUUUACGGUAAUUUAUGUAUACAUGUUUUCAUGACGAAUAUUAUUGACAAUAAAAUUAUUUAAUUUCACACUU